AAAGCCAAGGACCAUGAUCUUGUUGGAAGUUGACAGGAAGCAUGAAAUGAAGGGACUUCGUGCGUGGGUCGUUCUUACUUCGACAUCUAUUUUGCUGUUUGCGCAACUAUUUUGCAGUGCGAGGCCUUUCUGGGGGCAGAAGUGCUAUCUGGUGGUUAUUUGUGACUUCCUGUCUGAAAUCGCAAGUCAGGCGUCACGAAAAUGAGAAACGUUUAAACUCCCUUUUGUUUAGGAGCUAGUGAACUUUUCACUGGCGGAUUAAAUAUCUCUGGACGACAAAUUUUGGUGUUUAAUGAGAAGAUCGCUGAGAUCUUUUGUAGCUUCACUUUUCAGGAUGAACAGGAUGUGUUUGAUCACUGUAGUUGUUUUGUUCCUGGCCUCCGUCGGAUCUUCUUAUCCUCUUCAUGUUGAUGUGAACAUGGAGGACCUAAUGGCUGGAAACACACUGGAUCGAUUUAAAGUUCACUUUAGCUGGCACAACAUUAGCUGUCCGGUGUGUAAAGCUGUUUUCACCCUGGUGGACAUUGCCCUUUUGAGUGACACAAACAUGGAACAUGUGGCUCGUGCAGUAGGAGAAGCCUGUGUUCGUCUGCACCUAGCAGAUGAAAAUGUGUGCCGGGACAUAACAGAGCUUUUCCGUGAUGACUUCAUACGUGCCCUCCAGGAGUCUCUUCUCUGGCCCUCAGAGGUCUGCGCCUUACUCGUAGGACCCUCAUGUGGCCAUUUUGACAUUUAUGCCCCCUGGAACAUCACCCUGCCUCGUGUUCCCAAACCUCCAGUGGUCCCUCCCUCACCACCCAAACCUGGCUCACCUCAAAGCAGGGUGCUCUUCCUCACUGAUAUCCACUGGGAUGCAGAGUACUCGGAGGGAAGUGCGGCAGAUUGCAAAGAGCCUUUAUGCUGCAGGAAUGAGUCGGGUAAAGCCAACUGGAGGCACCGUGCUGCAGGUCACUGGGGUAGCUAUAGCAAGUGUGACCUCCCAUUGCGUACAGUAGAAAACCUGCUGCAGAAUGUAGCCAAGGCAGGACCCUGGGAUUGGGUCUACUGGACUGGGGACAUACCUGCACACAACGUAUGGUCCCAAACGAGGGCACAGCAACUGAAAGAGCUGACCACCAUCUCCAGGCUCAUCAGGAAGCACCUGGGACCUGACAUUACCGUGUACCCAGCUGUGGGCAACCACGAGAGCACACCAGUCAACAGCUUUCCUCCACCAUUUGUGCAUGGAAAUCACUCCUCCCGAUGGCUGUAUGACACCAUGGCUGAAGAAUGGGCUCCCUGGUUGCCUGCUCAAGCUCUGGAGACUCUGCGCCGAGGAGGUUUCUACACGGCUCAGGUGCAGCCAGGUCUGAGGGUGGUGUCCCUGAAUAUGAACUUCUGUGCGAGGGAGAACUACUGGCUGAUGGUGAACUCCACAGACCCAGCAGACCAGCUCCAGUGGCUUGUACACAUUCUGCAGGAGGCUGAAAACAAGGGAGAAAAGGUGCACAUUAUUGGCCACAUCCCACCUGGACACUGUCUAAGCAGCUGGAGCUGGAAUUACUAUCACAUAGUCAACAGGUAUGAGAGCACUAUAACAGGGCAGUUUUUUGGACACACACACUUUGAUGAAUUUCAGGUGUUUUAUGAUGAAGAGACGAUGACCCGAGCAGUGGGUGUGGCUUACAUUGCUCCAAGCGUAACCACUUACGUUAACCUGAAUCCAGGCUACCGUGUAUAUUAUAUUGAUGGUAACUACUCUGACAGCAGGCGUCUAGUCCUGGAUCAUGAGACCUUUAUCCUCAACCUCACCUUGGCAAAUGGUUUUCAGGAAAACUCCUCAUGGUUCCCCAAACCUGACCCUAACCCAGCGUGGACAUUGCUGUACCGGGCCUCUCAGGCUUACGGUGUCCCCAUCAUGUUCCCUGCUGACUGGGACGCUCUGGUCCGAGCCUUUGUUACUAAUGACCGCGUCUUCCAACAAUUCUGGUACUUUAUGCACAAAGGCCAUGUGUCAGAACCCUGCACUGAUGUGUGUAAGAGAGCACUGCUUUGCUACCUGCGCAGUGGCCGUUAUGACCUGUUUGAAAAGUGUGAUCGAAUUGAUCUCAAGAUACAGAGUGGACAGUCUUUCAGAAAGUCUUUGUGCUGAUCCAUUCAAAGUUAUCCACUAGCUGAAGUUAUGAAACGAGGCCACUUGCUACUAGUGAUUUUUUCAAAAUUGAGCACUUUUCGGUGUUAUUUACAAUAGUGGGGAUGUCUUCAGGGUUUCUGUAACAUGUAAUAUGCACUAUGGUGCUUUUGUUAUCCAAAAAUCAGAUGGUUUGGAAUCACUUUGUAAUUAAUUUAUUAAUACUUGGCACUGAUUACUGAUUUUACAGCUAAAAUCAUUAAAUACUUGGAUGAAAUGCCAUGGGUAAUGCAAUAGAGAUGCACUUUUCUGGUUAGCUAAUAUUGUAGUUAGUGACCGUGCUGUGCAAAAAUGAAAUAACCUUAAAAUACACAAUCUAUUAACUCAUUAAAGGACAACUGGAACACACACUCGGCCAUGCUGAAACCUCAGAUUGUUGAUGGUGCGCUCUUAUGUACUUUACUUUGAGACUUCUUGCAUUUUCAGAAUGGAUUGGAGUGAUAUGAUUUGGCCUCAACACUACUUUUAUCACAGUGUCCACUAUGUACAAUAUUACUAUAUACAAGGAUUUAUUGAUUUUCUUUCAAGGCUAUAGUGUAAACGUUUCAGUGCACAAAGUUUGGCGAUUACGCAACAGUAGAAUGUUACACAGAAAGUUCCUUUCUGUUAUACUUGACCUCAUCUUGCCCUUAAUUUCCCAGAAUGUAGCACAUUUAAUGCAAACAUUUCUUUUCUAACUGAGAACAUUGUUGGAUUUAGACUGUAUGUGUGUAAAAUUGGUGAUUUUAAAUGGUGUAAAUUUUGAGAAGGGUGAAGGAUGAAAUGAAUCUGAUGUGUUGCAA